ACAGUUUGACAGUUAUGAGUACACAUCGCAGCGUUUGUUGCUGCUAUUUCUAAAUUGUGAAUAAAUCAUUGAAAAUGAAUAAACAACCGGAGCAGGUAUUUAUUGUAAAUGCUGCCCCGACUCAACCCUCAAGUUCUCCACCGAAACUGAUGGGAGUGGAAGUGUCGGACACCUCACAGGUGAACCUUGAGAAUGUGGAGGACUUUUCGCACGUAUGUCGGAUAUGCGCCACUAUCACAGAGUUUGUCAUACCCAUAUUCUCCGGGGAGGGGCUGCAAAACAACCUAGCUGAUAAAAUUCAUAAGCACUUACCAAUAAAGGUAUGCUCGACGGACGCCCUGCCGGUGGUGGUGUGCUACCAGUGCGCGAGCACGCUGCUGGCAUGGCACGAGCUGGUGCAGUGCUGCGUGCAGGCCGACGCGGCGCUGCGGGCGCGUCUCGACGCCAUACAACAGAAAUCGACAGUUCAGAUUAUAAACGACACCCCCAGUACAGAAGACGACGCACUAAGCAAGGCGGAGGCGCGGCGGCGCGAGUGCGCGUACUGCGGGCGCUGGGUGGCGGCGGCGCAGUACGAGCGGCACGCGGUGGCGGCGCACGCGGCGCUGCUGUUCCACUGCGCCGAGUGCGGGCGCUGCGUGCCGCGCAAGCACUUCAUGCCGCACAUGGCGCUGCACGCCGUGCGCUACGACCACAAGCACGACCAGCCCGGCCUCGCGCAGACCAUACCCGCCGCCCUGCACGACAUGCGCCUCUCCGACAUCACCAUCACGCACGAGAAUGACUUCUCAGAUCACAGCGACACGGAGUAUGGCUUCGGACCGCUCCCCGAAUCAGUGUUUGAUGCUAUAGAGGACUCGCAAGACAGUCAGCCCUUUGAAGACGAUGAUGAACACAAAAAACCUUUGCAAAACAAUAUUGAAAUUAGCAAUAUACGCGACACAACUUCCAGCAUUGGAACCAGUGUCCUCAACGGGUGUAUUAUGAGUACUGGCGUGUUAUCCGACAUGAGUACCGUGAAUUCUACCUCACAGACAGAUGACAACAGUGAUACAGACGUCGAUAUAAGCUGCGCCACAGUAAAGACUGAAGACAGCAAGAAGAGCCACAACAAGAAGUCUCGCAAGUGCCCCAUCUGCGGCAAGGUGUACACGGCGUCCUCCAGCUACUUCUACCACAUGAAGUACUUCCACAAGGGCAGCCGCGAGCACGGCUGCCAGGUGUGCGGCAAGCGCUUCGGCACCAGGUCCUGUCUCACGCAGCACAUGGCCGUGCACUCGGAGCAGUACGAGUACGAGUGUCAGCAAUGUCAGAAGCGGUUUAAAUCUAAAGCGAGCCUGUACAUCCACGGGCAGACGCACGGCGGCAAGAAGGCGUGGUCGUGCGCGCAGUGCGGCGCGGCGUUCCGCUGGCGGGCCUCGCUUGCCCGGCACGCGGCGCGGCACGGCGCGGCGCGGCACGCGUGCGGCGCGUGCGGCCGCGCCUUCGCCGUGCGCGCCGACCUGCUGCGCCACGCGCGCACGCACGCCGCCGCGCAGCUGCGCUGCACCAAGUGCGCGCAGACCUUCGCGCAGCCGCGAUACUUGAAGGUGCACAUGGCGAAGCAGCACUCCGUCAAUCUUGUCAAUGAAUCCCACUAAAGACUGACUAGUAUUUUCAACCGAAUUCCCAAAAAGGAAAUUCUCAAUUCGGAUGUUUAUUGUUUUUUUUGUAAUUACCUACAUUAAGUUUAGAAAGUUGUAAAAUAUAAGGACUUGAAAUUAUGUAUCAAUCCUUUUUUUUUGCAUUAUGUAUAUCUUGGUAACUUGCAGCAAUCCAAAGGGAUAGAUUUCUAUGGUAUAGCUGGAUUAUAUGUACAUGCAUAAUAUUUUUCAUUGAUAUUUAUAUACAUUUUUAGAAUUUACAAAAAAUGUCUGUUUGAUUUAAAUCAUGCUUAAACAAUUCAACUGUACACCUAUAAACAGUACAGUACGAUAACAUUUACUAAAAUCGUAGCUAUAAGAAUUAUGUACUACUGUCAACCCUCUAGAGUUCACUAUUGGGCCCAAAUUGUGAAUGAUAUUACAAAAUGUAAUUAGAAAAAAAUAUGUAUUUGUACCCUAAAAACUCAGAAAAUUCUUUCAUUGUUAGAAAGCUAUCCUAGAAGACUAUCCUCAAGUAACAAAAACUACAUUUUAUUCGGUAUGGCAAGAAGUUACUAUAGGAUCAAGGAUGCUGGGGAAACACUAGUAAAUAUAAAUAAAAUAAAAGAAUUUCUCUUAUAGUAACGCUUAUAAUAGCAAUUACUUACAUUAUUGAAACAAAUAUUAAAUAACUACUUAUAAAAACAUAAUAAAUAAACGUGUAUUUGUUAACAGAUAUUAUACAAAUGAGAAAUGUUCUGUAAUGAAUAAUUUUUCAGAGAACAUGAUUAAUACUUAAACAAUCAUUAAUUUCAGUAUCUAAAGCUGAAAAGUUUGUUUGAACGUGUUAAUCUCAGGGACUACUGGAUCAAUUUGGAUAGCCGAUUUAUCAUAUACAUUUAGAAUAUUUUUAAGCCCUCUGAACAAAACAUUGAAAAUAGAGAUAUAUUGUGAUUUAAAGUAGUUAAUAAAAAAAUCAUUAGUACUUCUAAAAUAAUAAUUAUUUUGUACAUUACAACCGGAAACUAUGUUACUAUCACAUUAAUAUGAUAUUUCUAUAUUAAACGCAUCCUAGCAUAAACAUCAUGUAAUAUUCGUCCAUAUAGUCACCGCUAUGGGCCGAAAGUCGGCAAUAUUAAAAUGGGACUGGGCCGGACACGUCAGCCGAAUGCAUCCAGAAAGAUGGGCCACUAUCGUCGCUCAGUGGACACCUCAGGAUGGACACCGCAGGCGGGGUAGGCCCCGGAAGAGAUAGCGUGACGACCUGGACGCCUAUUGUCGAGACUGGUGGGCUCGGUCGAAAGAUCGAAAAGUGUGGAAGCAAGAAGGGGGGCCUUUGCCCAGCAGUGGGACAUUAUGGGCUAAAAUAAAUAAAAUAGAAUAGUCACCGCUAUGGGCCCGCGUGUAUGUAUGGUAGUGAACACGGUUCAGGAUAUUCUUAGCGUCGAACAUGCUAUUCCUACUAAUAUUAUAAAUGUCAAAGUUCGUGAGAAUGUAUGGAUGUAUGUUAUUCUUUCACGCAAAAACUGCUGGACCGAUUUAGUGUGUUUGGUGAUAACCUGGAUUAACACAUAUGCUAGGUACUUUUUAUCAACACACCACGCAGGUGGAAGCUAGUAUAUAUUUGAUGUAGGAAAUAUAAAUAAUUUAUGUGAAAACUUAAGCUGUAUGGGAUGUACCAUCACUGGCCAGAUGCAUAAUUUGCAAAAAAAAUAUUAAUUUUCUUUACACAACAUUGAUUUCUCUUUUAAUGGAAAAAUAUAAAAGUUGAGUAUAGUUUGUAUACGACAGGAACCCAUGAUGCUUAUGCUAGGCUACUAACUUUUUGUAUAAACCAGUGGCUUUCACAAAUAUAUUUAAUAAUAUACAAAAA